UCUCGCCUGGUCGCGCGCUGAGGGACAGCGUGUCCCUCGAAGGCGCCCGUAGCCCCGCCCGGAAGCGUUGCCAUGGUGCUGCGCGGCGGAGGCCGGACGUGCUGAAGCCGUUACUGUUUCCCCGGCGGCCGCCGCUCGCGAUGGCCUUGCCCGCGCGGCCCGCCUGGCCCAGCCGCAGCAGAGCCCUGGAGAAGCAGCUCGUGCGGCAGCGGGAGCAGGAGGCCCGCUGGCGGCAGCAGUGGGAGCGCAACAGCCGCUAUUUCCAGCAGUCCGGGGUCUGCAGCGCCAAACAGAGCCAGUGGAGCUCGCGCCGGUCCUAUCAGCGGAGCAUGAAUGCAUAUCACGGUGAGAAAAUGAAAGAGGAAAAAAAAAUCAGCUUGGAGCAGAGACGAGAACAACUUAGGAAACUUUUGUACGAGGAGCGAGAAUUGCUGGCAGCAGAACUCGGGGAGCUGAGGCUGAACAAGGAGUCUGAGCUGAGCAAGAUCAGAGAGAGAGGUGAAGAUUUGAAAUCUGCCAAAGAAGAGCGCCGGAAAAAGGUUGCUGAAGAGCUGCUGUAUGAACACUGGAAGAAGAACAAUACCAAACUCCGAGAGAUUGAGUCAGAGCUCCACAAGAAGCAUGUGAUGGACGUUUGGGGCGAUCAGCUAACAGAAAAGAAGCAGCAAGAAGCAACUGAAAGAGAAGAAAAGAGACGGUAUGAAAAUGAAUAUGAAAUUGCCCGAAGGGAAGCACUGGAAAGACUGAAACAAGAGAAAGAAAGGAGGCAGCUGGAAGAGAAGAAACGAGCUGAGGUGUUACUGCAACAAAUGGAAGAACUGAAGUUCCGGGAGAUGGAGGCAACAAAACUGAAGAAAGAGCAAGAGAAUUUACUAAAACAGCAAUGGGAGCUGGAGGAGCUGGAAGAAGAGAGGAAGCAAAUGGAAGCAUGCAGGAAGAAGCUGGAGCUUGGUCGCUUUUUGAGACAUCAGUAUAAUGCCCAACUAAAGAGACGUGCACAGCAGAUACAACAGGAGCUGGAGAUGGACAGACAAAUUCUAUUAGCCCUUCUAGAGAAGGAAGAUGAGGACCAACGCCUCCACUCCGCUAGACGGGAGCGGGCUGCUGCAGAUGCUGCCUGGAUGAAACAUGUAAUUGAGGAGCAGCUCCAGUUAGAAAAGGCACGAGAGGCAGAACUGGAGACCAUUUUCAGGGAAGAAGCUAAACAAGUGUGGGAAAAAAGAGAAGAAGAAUGGGAGAGAGAGAGGAAGGCCAGAGACAGACUGAUGAAUGAGGUCCUUGCAGGCAGACUGUGUCAGAUCCAAGAGAAGGUGGAGCUAAAUCGACAUGCCCAGGAGGAAUGUGUAAAAUACCGGGAACAACUGAUUAGAGAGCUUGAGGAGGCAAAAGAGCUGACUCGCCGAGAGAGAGAGGAAGAGGAGGAACUAAAAACAGCUCGCAAACAAGAGCUGGAGUCCCAGCUUACAGAGCGUCACCUCCAAGAGCAGGAAGAGUCACAGCGCCAGAAAGAGGAGGAGGAGGAAGCAAGACUGGCAGAGCAGCGCUGUGAGGAGUUAGUGUGGCAAGAGGCCAAGCGCAUGACUGAGCGGGGCUAUCACAGUAAGCCCUAUGGUCGUCCAAAAACAGCUUGGACCUGAGAAGGGUUGCCCUUAAGUUCUGAGGUGUGAGUAUCAGUAUGAAGGACUCAGUGUUGCAGGCUGUUUGUCUGUUAAGAUCAGGCUUUUGUGGAAUAUUUCAAAACCAAGAAUCAACACGCUGUCCUCAUGAAAUUGUCAGGAAUAGUCCAUGAAGCUGAUGGAGAUGGGCCCAGUGCAAAUGAAGGGUGAAGUUUUCAAAAGCAUUCAGCCAAAUUCUCCCAUUGAAGUAAAGGUCAAAUUUCCAUUGAAUGCAGUAGCAGCAGAGGUAGGCUAAUAGAGCUUGAUUUGAAAAUACUAUCUUAAGUGUGGAGAGGGCUGUACACCAUUCCAGCUGCUUCCAGUGUUUAGAAGCUGUCAAGUGACACGAUGUAGCAUGUAAGGCAAAGUCAACUGUCCAACUACACUUCAAACAGGAAAAAGUGAUGGAAGAGUAAAUAGCUGCAUGUGUUCUUGACAAACGCAACCCAGUUUAAUCAAUGAUACUAAACCACUGCCUGUUGCUGUUUAUAGCUGAAAGGGUUUCUUUAAGAGCCAUGCAUCUUCUAUUAACCCAAAGUAAUGUUUGCUCAGAAAUCCCUCCUGUACUUUCUUAUCCCCAUGCAUUGUAAAACAGGGUUUGUGAGAAUUGUAGUACCAGUGUAUGUCAAUUUUUGAUACAAGUUUCAUUUAGGCUCUAGGAUUUUAAAGAUUUCAAUAAAUAUUUACUUGUCUAAGA